UUGUCACUAAAAGUUGUAAUUUGUAAACAAAAUUAAACGUCAUAAAAAAAAAAUGUUCAAUCAAUAUUUAAAAGAUAUUAAUAAUAAUUAAUAUAAAUAAAAUGUUCUAAAUUUGUCAAUAAAAUAUAAUAAAUACUACAACUUGAAAAUUCAAAAUGGAAUCAAAUGAAAAUAUAACAAAUUUUUUUGGUCUUGUAACAAAAUUAUGUGAAUGUUUGUUGGAUAAAAGUGCAUUAAAUAAAAAUAAUCCAAAACACGAAUGGUUUAUAAAUAAAUUACGUAAAAAAGCAUUUGAAAUAUUAUUAAAAAAACAUUACAUAUCAAAUGAUAUAAAUGAUAAUAAAUAUGAUAAUGAAACACUAGAUCCAACAGCAGAUUUACUUAAACAUGCAUUUGUUUUAAGAAGUACAUUUAAUCUUGGCUCAAAAGCCAAUAAACUUGAAGAUGCAAUGGAUAAAUUGCUAGAUGAAUCAACUCUUCCAAAUGCACUUUUAAGUUGUAUAUUAAAAUUUUUAUGUUCACUUAAAACAUAUGAAACACCAGAAAAAAAUGAUCUUAAUAUAUUUUUUUAUGGUGAAAGAAAUCCUCAAUUACCAGAGCCUUCAAUUGGUGCAAAUAAUGCACUUGGUUAUCAAAUAUAUCCAACAAGUGUUUGUACAUUAUCAUACAAAAUCGAUGAUGAUGAUAAUAAUAAUAGAAACAAUUUAAUUGAUCUUAGUACAAUGAAACUUGAUGCAUCAUUUAGUUUUUCUGGUCAAUUAUAUAAAAAUAUUGUUGCUAAUAAUUCUAAAAAACUCAUUGAAUUUCAAUCAACAAAUCCAAUGUUAAUGUCAAGUACAAAUAAUUAUUUAUUUGGUGAUGCUAAUAUAAAUAUAAAAAAUAAUAAUAAUGAACAACAAAAAGCUAUUGAAUGUCAAAGUAUAACAUCAAAUGAUGAAUUAAUUAAAUAUGAAAAUAUUGAUAAUAUAAUAUUUAAUUUAUCAAUUGAUAAUACAGAUGUUAAAGAAUAUCGUACAUGGGAAAUGCUUGGUUGUUCAAAUGAUUAUAAAAUAAAAAAAUUUAUUUUAGAAUCUGAUAAUGCAAUUGAACAUCUUGAAAAUUAUAAAAAUUUAUCAAUAAUAUCAUUAUCAUCAUAUAAAAAAAUAUAUAAUAACAAUAAUAAUAUAAAUAAAAUAAUAAAAAUGAAUGAAUUUAUGGAAAAUAUGAAAUUAGUAUUACUUGGUAUUGAAUCUGAUUGUUUUUUAUGGAAUAAUAAUAUUGGUUAUAUAUUUAAACAAAAUACAAUUGUUUAUGGUAUUAGUAAUGAAUCAAUUAAAGAUAUAUGUACAGAUAUAACAUAUUGGUCAACAUGUUUUAAGUUAUUAAAUAAUUUAGUUAAUUCAAAUCCAGAAUUAAUAAAUGAAUUACAUAAUGAUGGUCUUAUAUUAAAAGCAAUGUGUAAUAAUAUUAGUAAUAUAUUAUUACAUUAUCAAGCUGGUAUAAUACAAGUAUUUAAUGAAUCAAAUGAAUUGUUAAAUUUAUUAUUAAAACUACAACCACUUGGUGAAUUAAUAUCACAAGUUGGAAAAUUAUGUAAAUGUGAUAAAAUUAUAAAUAAUAAUACCAAUAAUGAUACAACACUUGGUGAAGGUACUGGUAUAUUAUCACAUAUAUAUAAACAAGUUACUAAAAUAACAAAACCAAAUAUUGCAUUAGUAUAUUAUUCAAUAUUAAAAUCAUGUUGUGAAAUAUAUUUUAAAAUGUUAGAAAAAUGGAUAUUUGAAGGUGCAUGUGAUGAAACACAUGGUGAAUUUAUGAUUAAAAUACGUUCACAAUAUUUACGUUAUCGUGGUUAUAAAUUUUGGUCAAAAUGUUUUGGUAUACAUCGUGAAUCAGUACCUGGUUUUUUAGAUAAUUUAUGUGAUACAAUAUUACGUUGUGGUAAAGCUGUUAGAUUAUUAAAAAUAUGUGAUCCAAAAAAUAAACUUUGUCAUUUAUUUACAACAUCAAGACCAAAUGUUAAAGUAUGUUUAAAUAUAAAUAUGUUAUUACGUCAAGAAGAAAUAUGUCAAGAUUAUAUGAAUAAAGGUAUUGAUAUACUUGGUAAUGAUUAUACAAUAAAAAAUGCACUUGAUAAAUUAAAAAUUAAUGAAAAAAAUAAAAUAAAACAAGUUGCUAAUGCACAACAAGGAUAUUUAGAACGUAUUAAAAAAUUAAAAAUUGAAAAAAAAUUAUUAUUAGCUAAAAAUAAAGCUGAGUUAUUAGCUGAAUUAAAAUAUCAAGCUGAAGCAGCAAUAACAAAAAAAGAAAAAAUUAAAGAAGCUAAAAUUUUAGAAGAUAAAUUAUGGAUGGAAAAAGCAGCAAAUGAAGAAGAAGAAGAAAAAAAUUUACGUAUUGCUGAAGCUAAACAAAAUAUUGAAUUUUAUAAAGAAUUAGCAAUUGAAGCUAAUAAUCGUAAAUUACGUGCAACAUGGAGAGCAACUAGAAUGUCAUUAUUUGAUAAAAGACUUGAUAAAAUAAUAUCUGAAAGACAAGAUGAAUUAUUAUUACAAUUAAAUGAUGAUAAUGAUAAUAUAAUUAAUUCACCAGAUGAUAUUAUUAUUAUUGAUAAUCCAAUAUUAAAUCUUAAUCAAAAUAAUAUAAUUUAUGAAACAAUUAUAAAACAAAGACCAACUGAUUUACCAAUUAAUAUAACAACUGAAAAAACCAUAAAUAAAACAACAGAAAUAUCAGAAAUACUUGAUGAAAUAUCAGAAAGUAAUAGACGUUUAACAAUAAUGGAAAAUAAACAUACAAAAAAUAAUCAAAUAAUACAAGAUGCUGCUACUAAAGAUGAUGAUGAUGAUAAAGAUAAACAAACUAAUGAUAAUAUUAUUAAUAAAAGUAAUGAUGAUAUUAUUAAUAAUAUGACAAAAUUAGUUGUUAAUGAUUUAAAUGAUUUUACACCAAUGUCAUGUACAACUGAUGUUGAUAGUUAUAUACAAUCAAAUAUUGGCUCUUAUUGUGGUGAUAAUAAAAAUGAUUUUGAAAGUCCAUCAACACCUGGUGAUUAUUUAAUUAAACAAAAUUAUUUACCAACAAGUCAAUCAUUUAUAAGUGGUAUUGGUUUUGAUAAUAACAACAACAACAACAGUAGUAUCAAUAUUAAUAAUACAACAACAACAACAACAUUUGAUUCAUCAUUAACAAUGGCUGAUGUUGAAUUAAUUGAUAAUGCAUCAUUACAAAUAUGUUUAAAAAAAUCAGUAAUAAUACCACUUAUGGUACAAAGUAAUCUUGCAAAUUCAGCAAUUAUAAAAUAUUUAUUACAAGAACAUAAUAUAUUAUCACAUUUACAAAGUUUACGUAGUUUUUUUUUUUUAUUAAAUGGUGAAUUUUCAAAAAAUUUAUCAUCAUUAUUAUUUAAAAAAUUUUAUGAAAUAACAAUGCCAAUUGAAUUAUUUAAUUCAGCAACAUUAACAAAUUUAUUAGAAAAUGCAUUACAUAGUUCAUUAAAUUUUUCAUAUAAAAAUUCUGAUUUGUUAACAUUAUCUGUUAUUGAAGUACCAACAAGAUUACAAGUAUCAAAUCCAGAAGCACUUGAUUGUUUAUGUUUAAAUUAUAAAAUAUCAUGGCCAUUAAAUUUAAUAAUUGAUGAAUUAUCAAUGCAACAAUAUAGUAAAGUAUUUAAAUUUUUACUAAUGGUUGGACGUGUACAAUGGGUAUUACAAGAAGAUUUUUGUUUAUUAAAAAUUCAUAAAAAAUCAACAAUGUCAUCACAGUAUCAUAAAGUACAACUAUAUCGUCAUGCUAUGAUGCAAUUUAUGACAGCAUUUAGUAAUUAUUUAACAUGUAGUGUAUUACAUGCUAGUUGGCAAGAAUUUGAAAAAGAUUUAGAAACAUCAACAACACUUGAUGAUAUUUAUUCAACCCAUGUUAUGUAUAUUAAUAAAAUACGUUCAAGAUGUAUAUUAACAAGUAAAGCUAAAAAAUUACGUGAUUGUAUUAUAAAUAUAUUUAAAAUAAUAUUAAAAUUUCAUAAUUGUUUAAGAUCACAUGAUUGGCAUUUAUAUAAAAAUGAAUAUGUACAUACAAAUUAUAUACAGCUUGAAAAAAUGUAUAAUGCAUUUUGUGAAUUAAGAACUUAUCCAGCAAUUGUUGUUGAAAAAUUAGCUGAUAGUGGAUAUCAAUCACAUUUAAUACAUUUUCUUGAUGCUCUUAAUAUUAAUCCUUUGUAUAAUUUAUCAACAAAUACACCAUUAAAUAAUUAAUAUUAUAUAUUUUUUCAUUAUUAUUAAGAAUUUAAUUGU